UGCAAGAGCAACAUAUUAUAUCCUUCAUGUCAAAAACAUGGGUAGUGUUCAUAAUGGUAAAUAAGUAUUCUCCAAACUUUUCCCAAAAUUCUGACACGAAUUUACAUUCAAAGAACAAGUGGUCAAAUAUUUGUAUGUAUUUUACUUUCCUGGGUGUGACGGAUUUAGAAAUCAACAAAUGGUUCAAACGCAUGUAGGUGGAGGGUGUGGAAGGGAAAUUGUAGUUGUCAAGACAACAAAACCAAACAUUUGCUCCUGUGUUACAUGCUAGCUGUUAGUUGUCUUGCACAGCUCAGUUUAUUCAGUACAUUUCCAGAAAUGGAUGUAUUGGGAAAUUUAGAAGUCAGGUGGGCUCAGGGUUUGACAAGCCAAAAUGUUGAAUUUGUUGACAAGAAAACAGCCUGCUACAUUUGUGGGAAUUACAUCGUUUUCCUGAAUAUAGAGACGAAAAUUAGAAGUGUGCUGCAGUGUCCUGGUCGAGGUAUUGGUGCCUUCACAGCAAAUGGACAUUGCAGGACACUUGCAUUCUCCAACCAUAAACUAAAUCCCUCCAUAUUUGUGUACAACUACCCUGAACUUAUUCUGAAGAAUGAACUGAAGGGAACAGCCCAUGUAGACUACACAUCUCUGGCACUAAGUGAUGCUGGUCCUUAUUUGGCCUGCUGCUCAUCAAUACCAGACCACACCAUAACAGUAUGGAACUGGGAAACUGGGGAUCCAAUUUGUAACCAACCACAAGCUGGAAAAGACAUCACCUCUUUGGUGUUUAACCCAAUGAACUGGCUCCAGAUUUGCUCUUUGAGUGCAUCAUCAUCCCUUACAGUUUGGACCAUUGAGAAGAGUGACAGCUUUCAUAUAAUGAAACCAGGUGUGAUAGAUCUCCCUGCGACUGAUGGCUGUCUGGUUGAGAGGGAGAUUAACCCCUCUCAUGUCCCCACCGGAAUACUCACCUACUUCGGACCUCAGAUGCCCAACUCAGCCAUCGCAGGGCUUGCAGAAGACAGGGCAGACACCUUUGUGCCCAAAGAGCGCAUCAAGACCAGGCUAAGACCUAGCACCAUCUGCUGGACAGCCUCAUCAGAGCUCUAUGUGGGCUGUCAGGAAGGCCACCUGCUACAGGUUGACCCAGACUCUCUGGCUGUCUCUGUCCUCUUCAACCCCUCAGCUGCAGAUGACAUUCCUGGGUUCCAGCAGGGUAGCUUCCAGAGCUUAGCCCUGCACAAGGAUGGACUAUUUGUGUCAGGAAAGGAGAAUGUGCUACGUUGCUUAAAAAUUAAGGGGAACCAAGUGGAGGUUACACAAACUUGGACAUUGGAGGAACCAGCCACAACCAUAAUAUAUUCGCCAGACUAUGAAACACUGCUCUUAGCUUCCAGUACAGGGCGCAUCUACAGGUAUAAACGAUCCCAGUGCGAGAAGGUGGUGAAAGUCCUGGACGUUCUCAGUGGAGACUUUGUGGCAGCAGCUUCACUGUAUACUGAUAAUAACUUAUGUGUGUCAGUGAGGGACUCGGGAGAGUUGCAGCUGUGGUCUCUAGAUGCUGGCUUCUGCAUCGGCUCUAUAUCUCUUCAAGUAAAGGUGACCAGUUUGGCCUGCUGUCCGAUUGCUCAAUACGUUGCCGUGGGAACAGUGUCGGGGCAUGUCCUGUUCAUUGAGCUGACCAGGGAACAGCAGCCUCGUCUGGUGCACAGGGUUCACCUCUACUACACUCCUGUGGACCACCUACUUUUUGAUCAAGGAGGAAACUUCCUUAUCACUGGUGCCUCGGAUGCAAAUAUAUAUGUGUUGAAUGCAAGGGCUUCCAGAGUAUUUGAGGUAAUCGGAUACACAGGUGCUAAAGGAGCCAUCGUGUCCCUGUCUACCCAGUAUAGCCGGGACAUUAAGCAGGUCAAACUGCUGGCUCUGUGUGCUGGAGAGAAGGACAUAGGCCGAGGGGAGGGAAGUCUGCUUACACUGCUCACUCUGCCUGUGCAGGAGCUUACGGGGGCAGGAGUGUGUGCAGACCUGAGAGGAUGUCUUUCCAAUAAUGUCUUACAGCGGUGCACAUAUGAGGUCCCUCACGCACUCAGCUCCUCUGCCCUGGGAGCCAAUAAGAUCUUUGGCUACUGCCAAAAGAGGAAAGCUCUCCAGAGAUUCCAGCUACCUGAGAGCACAGAAAGGUCCUCUGACCAAGACGUGGUCCAGUUGACCCCAGAGAAGGAGGUGGAGGGUCACCCUAUGGGCCCCGCCUCCGUCCUCCUGUCGCCCCACCAGUCUUGGCUGGCCUCAGUGGGCCAAGACGGACUGCUGCGCAUCCGGGAGAUCUCCAGUCUGGACCGGUAUGUUCAGAUGCAGUGCCACUCGUGUUGGCUGGGAGGGGUGAGGACAGUGUCCUUUACCUCAGACAGUCAGACAAUGAUCACUACAGGCCUGAAAGACGGCUCUAUGGUCUGUACAAGACUAAGGCUGAAAAUGGCAGGUGUUGGCAAAGCGAAUGCAGCUACACAGUACAGCCAGUCUAUAGCCAAAUACCAGGAGAGUGUGAUAACAUCAGAGAACCCUAUUCUCAGUAGGAUGGCUGACUGGGACCCAGAGGCCCUGUCCCCUCCUGGGUCAGCAGAUCUACACAGAGAAGAGGCCAAUGAUAAGCGACAGAUAGUUGAUGUGACGGAACAGGAUGAGAGCUCCACCAACCUGCCCUCAGCCACAGCCUCAGACUCCACCUGGCUGGACAACAAGCUGGAAGCGGUUAUCAAUGAGGAGAUCCAGCAGUUUUCACAGACAAAGAAAAGCCUGAGGAAAAAUGUCAAACAAUUGCGUGACACAAUCCAGGCAAUGAUGCGUGAGAACGAGACGCUGCCUGACAUGGAGAAGCUGGAGCAGCAGGAGUUCAACCUGGAUGUAGAUGAGCAAAAGAGACUGCAAGCCGAGGGGGAGCAGGAGGUCACCAGGGUCCGAAAUGAGAUUGAGUUGGAGAACCUAGCCAAGUGCUACCUGCGUGACGUCCUUAAGAGGGAAUGCUGGGAUUCCAUGAAGGUCAAAGGGCAAGCUAUCAAGGCCUUCCACACUGAACACGAGGUGAAGAACUACCCCAUGAAGGAACGGACACAGCAGGAGCUGGAUGAACUUCAUAGAGUGGAGAGUAUGAGGAAGAUUGAACGGGCUGACAGUAAUCUCCAGCAGGAGAUUCUAGAGAAGAAGACCAAGACCACGACGGAAGAAGAGGAGGAGGAGGAAGGCCGUGAGAUGGAGAGUGCUUCCCUCACAGGUAGCCUCAGUGCCCAGUAUGGAGGCUCAAACCCCUACCUCUACAAUCAGUUCAACCUGCACAUCAGAGAGCAGAAGAUCAACCAGAUCACUUUGCUACAGGAUGUCAUCUACAAAGUGAAGACAGCCUUUAACACAGACUUUAAGGGGGUGCACAAGCAGAAGGAGCAGGAGAUCAACCGAGUGAAAGAUAAGAAUCGUCGCAUCAUGGAGAUCAUGUCAGAGCUGGACCACAAGAUGAAGCUGUGGGAGCCCAGUCUGUCUGACAACGAGCGGCCAGAGAGGGCACUGUCUGUGGAGGACUCUGAGAUUCAUUUUGAAAAGUACCUCACCCCAGAGCAGAGAAAAAAAGAGGAGGAGAAGAAGAAAGAGGAGGAACAAAGACGGCAGACGGCCAAGAGUGACAAUAUCAGAGAGCGAGCUCUGGAUGAAAUGAUGGGUGGAGUACUCGAGCUAAAAAAAGAGGACAUCUUGAGAGUGGAGGUGCCUCAGCCUGAGUUCAUUGUAUCCAAACCGGACAUUCAGUGGACAGAGGAAGAGAAAAAGAUCUAUAAAGAGUAUGAGAAGAAAGCCAAAGAACUGAGCGAGGAACAGGAGAAGUACAGAAAGACUCUGGAAGCUGAAAUGAAUAAACUACAGACGUCCAUCAUGGACUCCACUCAGGGGUUUGAUGAAACCUUGACCAAGCUCUUUGAGAGGAAGGUGAAAUCUGAGAUGGUUAUAUACCAGGAAGAGCUGAAGAUUACAAAUCUAGUUCACUCCAUUCUGAUAGAGGAGGAGGUUCUCAAUAGAGAGCGAGAACUCAGCCUCAAGCUAGAAAAAAACAGGGUCUAUAAGAAUGAGAUUGGAGAAGAGCUUAAGAAGCACAAAGAGGAUGUAGAAAUGUUCCGGGAGACCUACGACAAUGUUGUGGCCGAGGACAAACUUCUCGACAGGGGAUUCAGGAAGGAGUUCUUUGAUGUCCCAGGCCAUCUUGUUGAUCAGCUGUACAAGCUAUACAAGCGCAGACCCAGGGUCCAGAGGAUGAGGACCCAGGCAGACAACAGUACCAGCCCCUUUAAAGAGCGGCCCUUACCGGGCCCAGUGGCAGCAGAGGGUCUCUGUCAGAUGAUGAUGGAGGAGCUGGACGCUCCAGAGAACAUACCUGAAAGCCUAGACGUGUCUGUGUGGGAGAGGUUCUGCCUGGCCCGCAGAGCCAAAGUUGAGAGUGAGCAGCAGGUGAAAGUUAAGGCUUUGACUCUGGCUGAAAUGCAAGCCUUUCUGCAGAAGAGGACCGAUGAGGAUGAGAGUGCAAGACUGGAAAUGAAAUGUCUCAUGGAUGACAUCAAUGGGCUACGAGAGGAGAAGAUGCGUUUCCGCCUGGACAUCAUGGUUCAGAUCCUGAUCAAGCAGGGCCAGGUGGAGGUGGAGAACGGAGACUUCAUUGCGGACUACUCUGACUCUCUGCUGCUCCAUAAGAGUGUGGUGGAGGACCUCAACGGGACCAUCAGAGCUCUGGGAGAGCAGAAGAUAGCCAGCAUGGUGGAGUGCAAGGACUUCCGUAAAGGCAUCAUCCAGCAGGAGUGGGAGCACAAGAGGAUGAGGAUGCAGAAGGAGGACCUGAACAACAAAGCCAGGGACAUCCAGAUGCUGCGCGUCUCUCAGGAGCUGCAGGAGUAUCUCAGUGAGACGGAUCAUGACAACCGCAUAUCAAAGCAGGUUUCAACUCUGGAGAAAACCAUAACAUUACAGGAAAAGACUCACCUAAAGAAUGUGCUGACCUGUAAGAAGUUGAUCAAGCAGCUGAACAGACAGGCAGCAAUGAAGGCAUCGAAGAAUUCUGCUCUGGAUGAGCAGCUUACCAACAUGCAAGUGACUGUGGCUGAGAGGAGACACAUCUGUGAAGCCAUAGCCAUGGAGGAGAACCAUGAGAGUGAUGCAGAGGAGAGGUACCAGGAGAUCAUCCAGAGGAAGAAGCUGGUGGAGCUAGCCAGGGCCCAGGCUGAGGAGGUGGCUACCCUCAGGGCAGAGGUGGAACGCAUGAGGAUGAAGUCCUUCCCCGCUCUCGCUCAGCUAAAACAUAACUGACACAUUUAGGAAACACUUUAUUUUUAAAAAAUUAACAAAACGUCAAACUGAUUUUCAUGUUUAAAUAUAGAACUAAUAUAAAUUACUAUGGUAGGUAACAGUAUGAAAUUAAACUGAUGAAGUGGCAAAUUAAUGUUAUUUUUUCACUCAAAUUACUUGUGGAUCAUAGUAAACUUAGGGUGAAAAACAUCCAGUACAUAAGAUUGAAUCUAGAUUAUUCAACAAAGGCAGGAAACCUGCAUGAUAAAUCUGAUAUCAACAAUUAAUAUUAUUUGUGACAAUAUGAACAGAAGGCAUGUGGGUCUAUGCAUUGGUGAAGUCCUCUUCUGUGCGGUUAAAGUGCAGUAUGCUGUCCUCUACACCAAAGAGGUCAAUUAGCUGGGAGAUGCUGGCUUUCCUGCCAUCUAUGGGGAGAUCUGACUGGAACUCAUACAAUGCAGCCUGACUACAACUCCGCCAC